AUGUUCCGCAAGACCGUCCAGCGCGCCAUGAGCACGGCCGCGGCCUCGGGCGAGGCCACGAUCGACGGCUUCGCCAAGAUGCACGCGCCCAAGCUCUCGCUCUUCGGCCUCCACGCCAAGUACGCCAACGCGCUCUACUCGGUCGCGUCCAAGCAGAACGUGCUCGAGGCCGUCGAGGGCGAGCUCAAGACGAUCCAUGAGGAGAUCGCCAAGAACCCGACCUUCGCCGAGUUCCUCAAGGACCCGACGAUCGCGCGUGGCGAGAAGAAGGCCGACAUCGCCAAGGUCAUGGACGCCGCCAAGUUCUCCAAGCCGGUCUCGGGUCUGUUCACGGUCCUUGCCGAGAACGGCCGCCUCGGCGACGCCAAGCACGUCAUUGCGGCGUACAACCGCUUGAUGCGCGCCCACCGUGGCGAGGUCCAGGCCAAGAUCACGUCGGCUGACCCGUUGACGAAGGAGCAGCUCGCGCAGGUGCAGACCGCGUUGAAGGCCCGCAUCCAGAAGGGCGAGACGUUGCUCUUGGAGACGGUCGUCGACCCGACGAUCCUUGGCGGCCUCAAGGUCCAGAUCGCCGACCUCUUUAUCGAUCUCUCGCUCUCGACGAAGAUCGAAAAGAUUCACAUGAUCCUCUCCACCCGUCAAUAA